AUGGUGCAACUAGUUGCGGUGGCUUUAUACCAUCGGAACCAUUUUUCGCUCGGAAAUGCCCGGCAGGCUUUUGGCUAUGAGGCGUACCACUGGAGCAUCAUGGUCAUGCCUGACGUAGCCCAAGGGGAUGACGAAGUUUGUCACCUGUUUGAUGCUACCGACACGUCUGCAAUCAAUCCUCACACAUUCCGGAUGAAUAACCCAAAAAUGGAAUGGUGGUACCGGUCCCAGAUUGAUAUCAAUCCUCGCAUGAAUAUGAAGCUUCUGGGGCGAGUUGUCUUUGGCCAGAUACCAGACGACAUAUCGAGUGCUGAGCUUGAUGAGUUCUUCCACAGUAUUCCUUUACCGGUCAAGAAUACAUAUCCACAGCAAAGCUCUGUGUCGUGGGCGAUAGAUGCGAUAUGCGCCAUCCAGAAGCAAGGAUGGGCACCGGCGUUCGAUCUGCGUAAGUUCAAGGACUUUGCGCUUGCUUAUGGCGACGAAAGGAUGCGAGGGUCAGAAUCAGAGGAGUUGGAUGUGAAGCAUUUUGAUGUUAGGAAGGAAGAUGCUCUUGUGGAUAAAGAAGAGCCUCUCGAAGAUGACGAGGUUUCUCUUACGGAUAAAGAGGGAUGA